AUGGAAGAACUUGAGCAAAAUCAAGAGGUGAUGAGAAUGGAUGUCAACCAAUUAAAGGACAAGGUUGAUCAAAUCUUAGAAGCUAUACAGGCUUUGUCAAGGAAAGGGAACAUAGAUGAGAAUCCUCCGGCUGUAAAUGAAGAACAACAAACCACUCCUUCUCACCCACCAGGCUUUACACCAACUAUCCAACAACCUCGUACAAGAACUAUACAAUUUCCUAUGUACGGUCUUCCACCCGGUUAUACUCCACCCUUAGUCGUCAACCCCAUGGAAAAUAACCCAAACCACUUAAACCCCCAAAACACUCAACCGUCAGAAAAUAUUCCAUAUAUUGCACCCCAAGUACCCCAUUUCGAUACUAAUGGAAAAUGGCAUCAACCUCACAUUGGGGAUGAUACACAAUCAAAGGAAAAAUUCCAUGUCUUGGAAGAGCGAAUAAAAGCUAUUGAGGGGUAUAAUGUUUAUGGCCUUGAAGCUUUCGAUAUGUGUUUGGUUCCUGAUGUGACUAUCCCUGCCAAAUUCAAGGUUCCUGACUUUGAAAAAUACAAGGGCAACACAUGUCCUAAAAAUCAUCUAACUAUGUAUUGCAGAAAAAUGGCAUCUCAUGCUCAUAACGAUAAACUUCUCAUUCACUUCUUCCAAGACAGUUUGAGUGGGGCAUCGUUAAGUUGGUAUAUGCAUCUUGAGCGAAAUCAAAUUCGUUCAUGGAAGGACCUAGCUGAUGCCUUUUUGAAGCAAUACAGGUACAACGUUGACAUGGCCCCUGAUAGGAUGCAAUUGCAAAAUUCACUGAAAAAGGACAACGAAGCUUUCAAAGAAUACGCACAACGGUGGAGGGAAAUGGCCUCACAAGUAGAACCCCCAUUAUCUGAAAGAGAAAUGGUUGGUAUGUUUAUGGAUACUCUCCAGUCGCCUUUUUAUGACAAGAUGAUUGGGAGUAUGUCAUCAAACUUUUCUGACCUUGUCAUGAUAGGAGAAAGGAUAGAAAGUGGGAUGAGGAGUGGCAAGAUCGUAUGUGCAGCAACUAGCGUGAAACGACCCCAGACGACAUUCACAAAAAAGAAAGAAGGAGACACUAACGCUGUAAUGGUAAACCCCAGAAUCUCUUAUUUUCCACCCAUCAAUUCUUAUCGACCCCCAAUUUUCCAGCCCCCGAUACCACAAAAUCCUUACAUCCCUUAUCCAUAUGGAGCCGUUGGGCAUUCCAUUGAAGAUUGUCAAGCCCUAAAAUCUAAAGUGCAAGAAUUGAUUAAUGCAAAAUGGCUUACCUUCAAGGAGGACAAUCCCAACAUAGGGAGCAAUCCUUUGCCAGGUCACGGGAACGCCUCUGUGAAUUUCAUUGAAGAUGGGAUAGACCAACAUGCAGUAGAUGGUCAUGUGUUCACCAUGGGGUCGUGUGUGGAAAAUAAUAUAUCUUUCCCAAAACCAUUGGAAAUUCUUUACAAAAAAGAGAAUCUUAAGUCAACUCAUAACAAGCCAAAUGCAAUAAUUGUCCAAACACCAAUCCCGUUUCCUUAUGGAAAUACCAAGGCAGUACCGUGGAAAUACGAAGUCACAUCCCACUUGGCAGAUCAUCAACCAAGUGAUGAUUGUGAACCUAAAGGAACUGAGGUCACUAACAUCUCAGGGAUUGGUGGAAUGACUCGGAGUGGUCGAGUAUACACUCCUGAGCAACUUAGGAAAAAAGAGGUUAAUGGAGAAAAAGGAAAAGAAGAUAUGUAUCAUACCAUAAAAGGACAAGAGAUCAGUAAAAAGACGGUGUCUGAAGAAGAAGCUAGUGAAUUUUUGAAGUUUGUCAAGCAAAGUGAAUAUAAGGUGGUGGAUCAGCUAAAUCAGACCCCUUCCAAGAUAUCAGUUCUCUCCUUGUUAUUGAAUUCUGAAGCACAUAGAAGGGCACUGAUGAAAGUUCUAAACGAAGCCCAUGUUACUCACGAUAUCACUGUCGAUCAGUUUGAUGGAGUUGUCGGUAACAUCACUGCUAGUAGUUGCCUGAGUUUUAGUGAUAAUGAAUUACCAGCUGAAGGGACAGAGCAUAAUAAGGCACUGCACAUCUCUAUGAGGUGUCACGAUCACAUUCUUGCACGAGUGCUAGUAGAUAAUGGUUCAUCAUUAAAUGUCAUGCCUAAAUCACACUGUCAAAGCUAUUUGUUGAUAUCAAAACUAUUUGUUGAGGGAGCCUGUUUGAAGCGUAGUGCUUUGGUGGUGAAAGCGUUUGAUGGAUCUAGAAGACAAGUGGUUGGUGAGAUUGACCUGCCAAUUCAAAUCGGACCCCACAUCUUUGGGAUAACCUUCCAAACCAUGGAUAUGGAUAUUAAACCGGCGUACAGCUGUCUUUUAGGGAGACCAUGGAUUCAUGCUGCUGGAGCAGUGACAUCCACCCUCCAUCAAAAGCUAAAGUUUAUAGUGAACAAUAAGCUGGUAAUAAUAUCUGGGGAAGAAGAUAUGAUAGUAAGUCAUUUAUCUUCUACAAGCUACAUUGAAAACACAGAGGAAGCCAUAGAGACUUCGUUUCAAGCAUUAGAAAUUGCCAAUGCCGUCUUCAGGGGUGAAGAAUAUCGUUUAAAAGAACCAAAACUAUCAACCACAUCAUUGAAGUUUACCAAAUCUAUGUUGGAAGGAGGAGUUUGUUUGGGAAAGUUGAUAGAAAUACCAGAAAAGAACAAUAGGUACGGGUUGGGAUAUGUACCUACUCAAGCUGAUAAAGAGAAGGUUGCAAAAGGUAAAAGAGAAAACUGGACACUGAAUUCACAGAAGAUUCCUAUUUAUGAUAUUCGCCAAGCUUUUCAAAGCGCCGGAAUAAUAUAUGCUCAUCAAGUGGCUGUUACAGAAGAGGAUCAUGUUGAUGGUGACACCCUCAAGCUAGUGUACCCUUGUCCUCCAAACAUCAGUCUCAACAAUUGGAAGAUCCUCGAGUUUCCCGUGUUUGUUAAUUCAUUCGAAAAUGAAUAUGUUGAAAAUAGCAGCGCUAUAACCAUUUCUUGUAAUUUUGGACAUCUGAUUAAUCAUGCCGAUGAGGAUUGUGAAGACGAUUGUGAGCUUCCCUCAGAACUAAAAGCUUUAAUUGAACAAGAAGCUAAGAUAAUCCAACCCUAUCAAGAACCUAUUGAGGUGAUCAAUUUAGGGACUGAGCAUGAUAAAAAAGAAGUUAAAGUUGGUAUGUCUAUGAAAGAAGGUGAGUGAGAAAAGUUGGUUAAACUUUUAAUUGAUUAUGUGGAUGUCUAUACAUGGUCAUAUCAGGAUAUGCCCAGGUUAGAUACUAACAUAGUUGAACACAAGCUACCACUAAAACCUGAAUACACUCCAAUUAAACAGAAGUUGAGAAGGAUGAGACCUGAUAUGUCGCUUAAAAUUAGAGAAGAGGUCAAGAAGCAAUUUGAUGCUGGUUUCUUAGCAGUAGCAAAAUAUCCUCAAUGGGUGGCUAAUCGAAUGUGCGUUGAUUAUCGGGAUUUAAAUAAAGCUAGUCAUAAAGAUGAUUUUCCUCUACCUCAUAUUGAUGUCCUAGUGGAUAGCACUGCUCAAUACUCUCUUUUCUCCUUCAUGGAUAGUUUCUCAGGGUACAAUCAAAUCAAGAUGGCUCCCGAAGAUAUGGAGAAAACUACGUUCAUCACACAAUGGGAGACUUUCUGCUAUAAAGUGAUACCAUUUGGAUUGAAGAAUGCCGGGGCAACCUAUCAAAGAGCAAUGGUAACCUUGUUUCAUGACAUGAUGCAUAAGGAAAUAGAGGUUUACGUGGAUGAUAUGAUCGCAAAAUCUCAAACCGAAGAAGACCAUGUUGUUAACCUUCAAAAGUUAUUUGAGCGACUAAGGAAGUUCAAACUUCGUUUAAACCCUGCUAAAUGCACAUUUGGUGUAAGAUCAGGCAAAUUACUUGGGUUUAUCGUUAGUCAAAAAGGGAUAGAGGUGGACCCAGAUAAAGUAAGAGCAAUACAAGAAAUGCCGGCUCCACGCACUGAAAAAGAAGUUCGUGGCUUUUUGGGUAGAUUGAAUUACAUUGCAAGAUUUAUAUCGCACCUCACCGCUACAUGCGAGCCGAUUUUCAAAUUGUUGCGCAAAGACCAAAAGGUUGAAUGGAAUGAGAAUUGUCAAAAAGCUUUCGAAAAGAUUAAGCAGUACUUAUCAAAACCUCCCAUCCUAGUGCCCCCUGUUCCUGGGAAACCACUUAUUAUGUACUUAACAGUACUUGACGAGUCAAUGGGCUGCGUACUGGGGCAGCAUGAUGAAUCUGGUAGGAAAGAACAUGCUAUUUAUUAUUUGAGCAAAAAGUUCACCAGUUGUGAAACAAGAUAUUCACUACUUGAACGAACAUGUUGCGCAUUGGCAUGGGCUGCUCGUCGGUUGAGACAAUACAUGUUAUGUCAUACAACUUGGUUGGUGUCUAAAAUGGACCCAAUUAAGUACAUCUUUGAGAAACCUGCUCUUACUGGAAGGAUCGCCCGUUGGCAGAUGUUGUUAUCAGAAUACGAUUUGGUAUAUGUUACACAAAAAUCCAUCAAAGGAAGCGCACUAGCAGAGUACUUAGCCCAUCAACCGGUAGAAGAUUAUCAAUCAAUGCAGUGUGAAUUCCCCGAUGAAGACAUAAUGAAUUUAGUUGAAGAGAUUGAAUCAUCUGAUAAAGAAAAGUGGAGGUUGGUGUUUGAUGGUGCUUCUAAUGCGUUAGGGCAUGGAAUUGGAGCCAUUUUGAUUUCUCCAGAAAACCAGUUCACUCCAUUUACGGCUAGGUUGUGUUUUGAUUGUACAAAAAAUAUUGCAGAAUAUGAAGCAUGUGUUAUGGGAAUUAAAGCAGCUAUUGAAUCAAAUGUAAAAUUUCUUGAGGUAUAUGGAGACUCAUUGUUGGUCAUCCAUCAGACGAAAGGAGAUUGGGAAACGCGAGAUUCUAAAUUGAUUCCGUAUCACACCCAUAUCAAAGAAUUGACAGAACAAUUUGAGAAGAUUACUUUUCACCAUAUCCCUCGAGAAGAAAACCAGUUAGCUGACGCCUUGGCCACUUUGUCGUCAAUGUUCAAAAUAACCACUAAUCAAGACGUGCCGGUCAUAAAGAUUCAACAAAGAGAUAAACCUGCAUAUUGCUUAUCAAUAGAAGAAGAGUUGGAUGGCAAGCCGUGGUUUUAUGACAUCAAAUCAUAUGUUAAGAAUAAGGAAUAUCCAUUGGGUAUUUCAGAGAACGACAAAAGGGUUUUAAGGAGAUUGUCAAUGAAUUUCUUCUUGAAUGGUGAUGUGCUUUAUAAGAGAAAUCAUGAUAUGGUUCUCCUCAGAUGUGUGGAUAAAGCAGAAGCGGGGAAAAUUAUCCAAGAGGUUCACGAAGGUUCUUUCGGAACUCAUGCAAAUGGGCACACAAUGGCUAGAAAAAUCUUAAGGGCUGGCUACUACUGGUUGACCAUGGAAUCCGACUGCUUUAGUCACGUAAAGAAAUGUCACAAAUGUCAAAUCUAUGCUGAUAAAAUACAUGUACCACCCACUUCUUUGAAUGUUUUAACAUCACCAUGGCCAUUUUCAAUGUGGGGAAUGGAUGUUAUUGGACUCAUCGAGCCUAAGGCUUCAAAUGGACACCGGUUUAUCCUAGUAGCUAUUGAUUAUUUCACAAAAUGGGUUGAAGCUGCUUCUUAUGCCAAUGUGACGAGAAGUGUGGUUGUCAGAUUCAUCAAAAGAGAAUUGAUUUGUCGAUAUGGAUUGCCAAAUAAGAUAAUCACUGAUAACGCGACUAAUCUGAAUAACAAAAUGAUGAAAGAGUUGUGUGAUAAUUUCAAAAUUCAGCACCAUAAUUCUUCUCCAUAUCGUCCGAAAAUGAAUGGGGCUGUAGAAGCAGCAAAUAACAAUAUCAAGAAGAUCAUACAGAAGAUGGUGGAGGCAUAUAAGGAUUGGCAUGAAAUGCUUCCCUUUGCAUUACAUGGCUAUAGAACCUUUGUUCGUACCUCAACAGGGUCAACUCCUUUCUCAUUGGUGUAUGGAAUGGAAGCGGUACUUCCCAUCGAAGUUGAAAUUCCCUCGAUCAAAGUCCUGAUGGAAACAAAACUAGAAGAGGCAGAGUGGGUUCAAUCACGAUAUGACCAACUGAAUCUCAUAGAAGAAAAAAGAAUGAUAGCUUUGUGUCAUGGUCAGCUUUAUCAGAAAAGACUCAAAAAAGCCUACGAGAAAAAAAUCCGUCCUCGAGAAUUUUGAGAAGGGGAAUUAUUUCAAGAAGGGGAAUUAGUGUUAAAGAAAAUAUUGCCCAUAAAAAAGGAUUCUCGGGGAAAGUGGACUCCGAACUACGAAGGACCAUAUGUUGUGAAAAAAGCUUUCUCUGCGGGAGCUCUAAUACUCGCCGAAAUGGAUGGAGAUGAGCUUCCACUUCCAGUAAACUCAGAUGCAGUCAAAAAGUAUUAUGCUUAA